UGCGCCCGCCGCGCUCCCCUGCCGCGCUCCCCGCUGCCGCCGCCGUCCCCGCGCUCCGUGCUGCGCGCCCGCCGCGUCCUGGCAGCCAUGGCCGGGCUCGUGGUCAGUGGAACUCAAGUGUCCUACGUAGGCCAGGACUGCAGAGAAAUUCCAGAGCACCUUGGCAGGGACUGUGGACAUUUCGCAAAGAGGCUUGAUCUGAGCUUUAACCUUCUGAGGUCACUGGAAGGACUGAGCGCAUUCAGGAGCCUGGAGGAACUCAUCUUGGACAACAAUCAGCUGGGGGACGACCUCGUGUUGCCAGGGUUACCCAGACUGCAUACCUUAACCCUCAACAAGAACCGAAUCACUGAUUUGGAGUACCUGCUGGAUCACUUGGCAGAAGUGACACCAGCUCUGGAGUACCUCAGUCUGCUGGGCAACGUGGCCUGCCCCAACGAGCUGGUCAGCUUGGAAAAGGAUGAGGAAGACUACAAGAGAUACAGAUGCUUUGUUCUGUACAAGCUGCCCAACUUGAAAUUUCUGGAUGCCCAGAAAGUAACCAGACAAGAACGAGAGGAGGCGUUGGUCAGAGGAGCCUACAUGAAGGUGGUGAAGCCCAAGCAGUUCCCUGGAGCAGCUGGGAGGAGAAAGCCUCUUUCACCAGCCAAGAUCAAGUCUGCUCGCCCCACACACUGCUGAAGAAUGGCCUGGCUGGGGCUGGGGUGCAGGGAAGGGUUACUUUACUUUUCCCUGGCCCCUACCUCACAAGGAUAGUGACUUUCCUUUCUCUAAGCCCCACCCUGACCCUGUGUCCUUGAAGAGUCGGUCUCUUUCCUGUCUCCCACCAUCUUGCCGCAGAAUGUUGUGGGAUGUUGGUCUGCCUGGGACAGCCAAGGGAGGACAGUCCCGCCUGGAAAA